UUCGAACUUGCCAAGCUAGUGGCAAAGCAGCUGGCGGGCUGAGCGGUGGAUGGGCUGGCUGGCUCGGCUCAAAUGUUGCGAGGCUAAAUUACGAAAUGUGAGAUCGAGGAAACGGAGGACACUAUUACUUCUUCAGCUCGUUACCUUCAACCACAUUCUCAAAAAAGGGGAAUGUGAAUUUACCUGGGUAUAGUGAGAUGAAGCUCACCCGUUUUGGAACUCAUUGCUACUGCAGAAGAUCAGCAGGAGCAGGCCCACAAAAUCGUAAAAACAUGGAUUGAACCGAACCUGCUUUUUGAGUCGGGGCAGGGGCUGGCGAAGCGCGGGGUGCCGAAACUCUCUGGGCAAAGAAUUGUGCGGAUUCCAUGCAUAUUUUAACUACGUGGAGACUUUCCCCGUUCCGUAGCUCCUAGAGGACCUCUAUCUUCAUGCCAAAUCGCAUCUGGAUUUCGCAGGUCUCUCAAUCCGUGGGCUUGGACACCUUACUUGACAAUCAGACCGAACUGUUUCCAAAGCAGCUAGCUGUGUAAGCUAAUUACUCAAUUCAGGUGAAGGUGAUGAUCUAUCUUGGCUCCUUGCACUGAGUUCAAAAGCGUGUCAUCCAUCCACUCAAUUUUAGAUGAUGACGCAAGGCUGAAGACCAAAUUUGGAGCAACCCAAAGACAUGCAUGCAGGAGAACCUCUGUGUCCAGGCGAGAUCCAAAUCGUCUAACAAACCAAUUUUGGUUUCCAACUUCACCGGAGCUAAAUGGCGCGCAGCAGCAUGGAUAUGAAGUCUUCAGAUGUUCAUAAUUGGUGAAUUGGGUCAAGGAUAGCCAGCCAGAGUACAUUCAGUUUCUCAACUGCAGUGAGAGAGGCGUGUACGUUCCCGCUCUUCCUCCGUCUGUUCAGAGAACGGAUCAAUUGGAGCUAUGAGAAGCUAGUAACUCUAUCAUCCGCAGAGAGGCUGGCGAAGGAUCCCUCAAAAUGGCACCCCGAUAAGCCACCACAGCGUAACAAUUGUGCUGGGGACGCAGUUGCGUUGGGCUUUAACAAAUGUACCGGGGCCUUGCUCAUGCGCUUCCAAGGCAUCACGGAAAGCUCAGAUCUUAUCUUACUCCCCCAAGCGGGGGUCUUUUUAUCAAAGAUGAGCAUUGAGUGCCUAUCCCCGGCAUACCCCAGCAGUUCCCUUCCUUCGAUGUGGAUUGAUUCCACCAUCAUUGGCUGCUCCCGUUUGUGUGUUCAAAAUUGAGGCAAACUUAAAUGCGGCGUGGGAUGUAGUACAAAAGAACGGUUCUCUUUUCGGGUCCCAUAUCUGGUACGUUCUACUCUACAUCGGCAAGAUAUAUAUUUUACCCAGUUUCCUAAGCCAUAAGUAACCCAUGGAAAACUCAUCUAUGCUUCGCCAAAUAUUCGGAGGUCCCUCCAGAAGUUCUUCCCUUUCAAACCUUUCAUCACCCACAUCCAGAGACAUUGGCACUCCAAGCAACAUGGCCGGAACUAAUUACAAACCACCCGAAUACCUCAGCAAACGCCCCUAUGAGUACUACGCAAUUACAGGCAUCAAAGCCGGUACCGUACCCGAGAAGAAGAAAGCUCCAAUCCGUCAAGAAAUCGACGAAUGGAGCAACAACAAGGCAAAUGCGGAUCAAGUGGACUUGUUUGUCAUGGCAUGGCGCAAUUUGAUGAAUAUGUCACCAAGAGAGCGAGGUUCCUUCUUUCAAGUCGCUGGUAUCCAUGGCCAACCUUACGUUCCAUACGAUGAGCCAGACACCAACAUGGAAGAUACCAAAGAUAAGGGUUAUUGCACUCAUAACAAUAUUCUUUUCCCAAUAUGGCAUCGCCCGUAUCUUGUGUUGUUGGAGCAACUCCUUUACGAGAACAUGAUCACGGAGAUCAUCCCUAAGUUUUCAAAGGACAGGCAAGCUGAGCUAAAGGAAGCAGCAGAUUCGUGGAGGCUUCCAUUUUGGGAUUGGGCCACCAACCAUAGAGUGCCGUUUCUCGCCAAGUACCCGACUACUACGAUUCCAACCCCCAAUGGCAAAAGAGAGAGAGUGGACAACCCUCUAUAUCAGUUUAAAAUGUCAACAAACGAGCCCUUUUUGUCCGAAGGCGUGGGCCAAGUCUUCGACCCUUGGGCCGGUGAAGAUGGCAAGGGGAUGUAUUUUAAUUUCGGUCCUUGUAUCGGAACGAGUAGAAGUCCAGAUAUUGAAGACAGUCAGAACCCCGAGUCGGAAACGUGGAAAAACGGUGUGGUCAACAAUAACCAGGUCGGUAUCGCACUUAAGAGCCCCGGGUGGAUGGGCGGAGGGAAAUACGGAGCUGCUUCCGAAAUGGUGUACCGUUUGCUCACACAUCCAUUGGAUUACCCAUCUUUCGCUACCACUUUCCGUGCUAAAGGGCAAGAUGACAUCAGCAAGGAUAUCAACCUAGAAUAUAUCCAUAACAAUGUCCAUGGCUGGGUGGGAGGGAAUUUUACUGGACAUAUGUCUGAAAUUCCUGUGGCGACAUUUGACCCUCUUUUCUGGCUUCACCAUUGCAACAUUGAUCGCAUGUGGGCUAUCUGGCAGGCUUUGAACCCAGAUAAAUGGUUUGAAACCGCCGACAAGAAUACGUUCUUCCAAGAGGCCAUCGGACUUGCGGACACCAUUACUCCACAAACUAAGCUUCGCCCCUUCCAUUCAGACAAGAAGGGCACUUGCUGGACCCCUGAGGGCGCCAGAGACGUUUUAAACUUCGGCUAUACCUAUCCCGAAUUGCAAACAUGGGACUCCAAAUACAAUUCUGGAGGCACAUAUAACAGGGAGCUACAUGUGACUGACAUCAGGAAAACCAUAAACGAAAAGUACGGAGCUUCACGGACGGAAUUGUUGGAGAAUCCUGCCCUCGGUGACAAAACAGAUGACGGGGUUAAAUCAAAUGACUUCGCAUUUAGCGUCCGUUACAAGAAAUACGCACUGGGUGGAAACCCGUUUAAGAUCAAGAUAUACCUCGCUCCAGGAGACGGGAAGCCAAGAACCCCUGAAAGCGACUAUGUUACUGAAGUUUACAAUUUCAGUUUCCCGGCGAUCAUUGGUGGGAAGGAAGUCUGUAGUAACUGCACCUCCGUAGAAGCAACUGAAUCGAAGGCCACAUCAUAUCUUUCGAUCACAUACGUGCUCGUUCAGUGUGUUAAGAGGGGGAUUUUGGCCUCUUUGGAAGAAGCCGUUGUCACUAAAUUUCUGCAAAAGAAUUUGUAUUGGAGACUUUACCAGCGUGGAAGGGAACUAGACAGGUUCGCUAUGGAAAAGAUCGAGCUUGAAGUUCUUGGCUCCUUUAAUAACGCUCAACACCACAAAGACGCAACCAUUCUGUCCGGAUUCGAAGGUUUCCGCGAUAUUCCAUCCCUGGCAGGUGGCCCUGACGGAGCUCUUGAUCCAAAGCUGAAGCAGAAGCCAAAGCCUCUACCAACCAACCCGCCCGCUCCUCCAUCGGCAGGGCUCCAUAAAAAUAGCUCGCUUGACCUUAAAGUGGACUUCACUACUGACGGCGUGAUAAUUCUCGACUCUACCUCGGUCGAUUUGAACCAGAUUCAGACCGACACCAUUGACAAUACUCAGGUGGCCUUCAGGAAUGGGAACGAUAUCAUGUUCUUGAUUUCCUUCCGUCGGGCGGAGGGUCAAAUCGUAUUUAAUACCAACUUCGGAGGAAAAUGGGGUUCAGAGGAGAGAGUCAAUCUCGCUGGCAAGCUGAAAAACCGUCAGGCGGCAAUUAUGGUGCACGAUCAAGGCGAAGGUUUCGAGGUCAGCAUUGACUUCGUCCACGUAGCUUGGUUCAACAAGAGAGAUAAGAGGCCCGUUAAGAGCUUGCGGUAUUCGGUGAACAAGAAUCAGAAACCGGUCCUGAGUGAGGUCCUAAAGGUGUCGGUGUAUCCUUCGAUGAAGAAGGUGUUCUCCCGUUAAACUUGGGCGAUUUGCGGAUGUCCUGCGCCGAGACCAUUGUGUUCUUUUCUUGGCUGUACAAUGUGUGGUUCGCGCGUCUAAAGCUUGGAAUUUGAAACAUGAUAGCGCAGCACCAAUCUCUCUAUUGUAGCGCGAUCGUAUACUGUGUAGUUUGCAAUUGAAAUUAAGUUUCAACUUUAAAUUUAAGCUUGUUUCCUGUUCGA